AUGUUUGGGAAGAGGGAGCUCCAAGGGAGGGUAAGGGAAGACGAGGCGCUCGCCAGAGCUAUAAGGGAUAUGAAGCACCAAACUCGGCAGGUCCUCCUCCAUAGAUGGCAAAGGAUGCUGACGCACGCCAGGUACGGGAGGAGGGUCGUCGAGGUUCUCCAGCCCUACCUACACAAGUGGGUGGGCAAGGAUUUCGGGACUCUGACGUUCAGGCUGACACAGGUGUUCACCGGGUACAGAUGCUUCGGUGAGUACCUGUGUCGAAUAGGGAAAGAGCCCACGGCGAGAUGUCACCACUGUGACUACGACCACGACUCCGCGCAACACACAGUCCAAGACUGCCUGGCAUGGGCAGUGGAGCGCGGAGUCAUGGUCGGGGAACUGGGCCAGGACCUCUCACUCCCAAUGGUGGUGAGGGCCAUGUUGGAGGGUGAGAGGAAAUGGCGAUUACUCGCCUCCUUUUGUGAGACAGUAAUGCUCCAAAAGGAGGCAGCGGAGGAAAUCCGCCGGCAGGCGGAAGGAAGAGGGAAGAGCCAGAGGAGAAGGCAACGCCACAGGGAGUGGCGAGGAAGUAGGAGCAGAAGCAGGGAUGGGAUGGACUCGUCAGAGGAGGAGGCUAUGCUGAGGGCUAUGCUGAGGCAGCAACCUUAG